GUCUCUGCGAGCUCCAGGCGCGUUCAGACGGCUACCGGACCCCGAUGGCCCCAAACCGGAGGAACUACCGCUUUCUCCCCGGGACCAGAGACCACCCCGUGCUCCCCUAGCGAAGGCAGGACCCCGCGAGCCUGCGCCAGGAUUACCGCAUUGUCUUUUCGUUUCCACAGACCGAGACGAAGGGAGAUGGAGAAGAUGCUGCGUCCGCGAUGGUGGAUUUCCCUUUUGUGCGUCUAUGGGAUGAUGCGCGUCGCUCACCAAACCUCCACUGAACCUCCAAAUGGAGACGCCUUGUCGCGCCUGAAAUCCGUGCGUAAUUCGGACAGGUUCAUUGGAAAGGAGGACACGGUACCGGUUCGCCUGCUCUACAGCCGACACAACCACAGCCAGAUCGGUCAUGACGCGCUCAGCACCCGGGUCAGACACAGCUCCGGAUCCUCACAGGUGAACCACGUGGCCUCAGCAACUUUUCAAAUGGAUGCAUUUGGACAACGGUUUAUUUUGGACGUGGAGCUUAAUCAUGAUCUCCUGUCGUCUGACUAUGUGGAGAGACACUUAUCCGAAAAGGGGACAGCUGUUGUUGCAAAUGGAGGAGAGCAUUGCUACUAUCAGGGGAAGAUCAGGGACAAUCCUCAGUCCUUUGUGGCUCUAUCCACCUGCCAUGGGUUACAUGGGCUGUUUUUUGAUGGCAAUCACACUUACAAGAUUGAACCAAGAGAACAAAACAGCAAAGAUGAAGAUGAUCAAAUUCACAUCAUCUACAAAUCUGCAGGUCAGGAGGGGCUUGGCAGUUUACUAAAUGGUGAUCUUCCAGAACCGCCAUUUCCAAGUCCUCCUUUUCCAGGAUCUAAAGUCGUACAAAGGAGGAAAAAGAGACAGGUUUCGCGUAUGUCACGUAAAGUUGAAGAUGAGACCAAAUACAUUGAGCUGAUGAUCAUAAAUGAUCAUAUAAUGUUCAAGAAGCAUCGGCUUUCACCGGGGCACACAAAUAACUAUGCUAAGUCAGUGGUCAAUAUGGCUGACAUGAUUUUCAAAGAGCAGCUAAACACUCGAAUAGUCCUAGUUGCCAUGGAAACCUGGGCAGCCGACAACAAGUUCAACAUUGACGACGACCCCAUGGAGACGCUGAAGGAAUUUAUGAAAUAUCGAAAAGACUUUAUCAAGGAGAAGUGCGACUCUGUGCACCUCUUUUCAGGGAACCAAUUUCACAACCACUGGGGAGGAGCGUCUUACAUGGGAGGGGUCUGCUCUCUCACUAAAGGAGUUGGAAUUAUUGAGUUUGGCAAACCUGAGGUUAUGGCCAUAACGCUGGCUCAGACUCUUGGACAAAACAUUGGCAUCUUUUCAGACCAGAAACGCAUCUUGAAUCGUGAGUGUCAGUGCGAUGAUCGGUGGGCAGGCUGCAUCAUGGAAGAUAUGGGCUACUACCUGCCCAAGAAGUUCUCCAGCUGCAACAUUGAGGAGUACCACAACUUCCUGAACAGCGGCGGUGGAGCCUGUCUCUUCAACAAACCAAUGAAGCUGUUGGACCCCCCUGUGUGUGGAAACGGGUUUGUGGAGCCAGGAGAGGAGUGCGACUGUGGGAGUCCGGCUGAGUGUGCACUUGAGGGGGAGACCUGCUGCAAACAGUGCACCCUGACACAAGGUUCUAAGUGCAGCAAUGGACUCUGCUGCAACAACUGCCAGAUGGCAUUUUUGGGUGCAGUGUGCAGAGAGGCAGUGAAUGAUUGCGACAUACCAGAAAGCUGCACAGGGAAUUCUGGAGAGUGUCCAGGAAAUGUUCACAAAAUGGAUGGUUACAGCUGUGAAAAAGACCAGGGUCGCUGCUUCAAUGGCCGGUGCAAAACCAAAGACAGACAGUGCAAAUACAUAUGGGGAGAGAAGGCAACAGCAGCUGAUAAGUUUUGUUACGAGAAGCUCAACAUCGAAGGAACAGAAAAAGGAAACUGUGGGAAAGAUAAAGACACAUGGAUCCAGUGCAAUAAACAAGAUGUUCACUGUGGAUACCUGCUGUGUUCAAACAUCUCCCCUGCACCGCGCCUCGGUGAGCUCCAGGGGGGGCUCACGUCCUUCACAGUGGCCCAGCACAGCGCCUCUCUGGACUGCAGCGGAGCUCACGUCCUGAUUAAUGGAGACACAGAUCUGGGUUAUGUGGAGGACGGGACGGCCUGUGGAACGGAUCACAUCUGCUUCAAUCACAAGUGUCUCCCAAUUCAACAGUUUAACUUCAGCACCUGCCCCGGGACCACUGACAAGGCCAUCUGCUCGGGACACGGGGUUUGCAGCAGUGAUCUGAAGUGUGUGUGUCACUUGGGCUGGGCAGGGGAUGACUGUAACGCCACUUCUCCAGUGGGAUACCUCGCUGUGGGACCCACCGCCCCCGUUUCAGGAAUCACUAGCACUAACAUCAUCAUUGGGGCCAUUGUGGGCUCUAUUUUGUUCCUCGCUCUCAUCCUGGCGGUCACAGCCUGGUGCUACAAGAGCUACAAGCAGAAGCGUUAUGUGGAGUCUGAGGUCCAUCGAAGAUUUUGCCGGCAAAUCCCUCCCGGGGACUAUGUGACGAAGCCCAGUGACGCAGACUCGUUCUACAGUGACAUGCCUCCAGGCGUCAGCACCAACUCAGGCUGCAGCUCCAAGAAGAGGUCAGCUUGCCUGUCCCACCUGCAGCUCUGCACCCUCUCCUUCACCCCCUCCAUCCCAUCAUUCUCACAGAACCUCACAGUGUUUGGCUUCAGAUCCAAUGGGUUGUCCCACUCGUGGAGUGAGAGAAUCCCAGAUGCCAAACAUAUCUCUGACAUCUGUGAGAACGGCCGGCCAAGGAGCAACUCCUGGCAAGGAAAUCUGAGCGGCAAUCGUAAGAAACUCAAAGGGAAGAAGUUUCGUGCUCGCUCAAACUCCACAGAGACCCUGUCUCCUGCCAAGUCUCCCACCUCUUCUACGGGGUCUAUCGCCUCGAGCAGGAGAUACCCCUACCCCAUGCCCCCCCUCCCCGACGACCAGAGGAAAGCCAGGCAGAGUGCCAAGCUUUGGGAAACAUCAAUAUAACUGCACCUGGUCUGUAAUCAUGAAACAAGGUCACUUUUUCUAUGGGUAACACAAGUUGCUGAAAUGACUCUUUGAUUGAGGCGACUGAUAGGAGAAUCCACACAGGCAUACAAUAUGUGAGGUGACUUCAGUGAACAACCAACGCAGGACCCGAACUGGUCUUUUGGUUCAUGUUUAGUGGAUGAGUUUGCACUGAGAACGCCAUACUUGCUGCAGAGAAGAUUGAACUGUUGAGAUCUUUUUCCGUAUAGGGACUGGAAACCACUCUGACCCUUGAACAUGAACCCUUUUUGCCUUUCGAGGGCAUAUACUUAACUUUACACAACUUAACACAGUAGGAGCAGACCAUGUCAAUAUCUGUUUGUUCAGCCAUUUCGACGCACGUGAACCACUAUAGACACUCCUACACUGUAUGCAUGGGAAAGCCCUGAGAUUGAGGUGGUGAUGGACAGUGGACUUCGCAGAACGCAUGGUGUUUUGAUACUACCAGGCUUUCUUUACACGAUAAGUAACCCAUAUUUUUAUCAGCAAAUCAUAUAGCCCAAAUCAUGGGACAUUUGUAAAUAUGUACAGUCGCACCCAAUCUGCUUUCCUACACUGGGGAAGUAGAAUUGUGUUGUAGGCAAAAACACUAGAAACUCAUCAUUUUGUGUAUUUUCCAUAAUGUAAGUGUUAAAAUUGUCUCCUCCUUUUGCAUUUCCCUGUCUUAAAGGUGCACUAUCUAACUUUUCUGGUAGUGGAUCCUACUUGUUUUCGUGGCUAUUGCUUUGGCUGGAUUAUUCCAAAGUAUGGCAUUAAACUUGUCUAUCAAGCAUUAUUCAAUUACUGCUAUUUUUAUUGCUAAAAAGAAGUGUAUAACAUGCAUUAUUACAGUGAACAGUGUUGCCUUUCCACUGAUCAGACAAGUAACUUUGCCUGGUGGUGUCUGUGUAGUUGAUGUGUUAUUUUCAGUGUAGUUAGCUCCUCCCUUCACAUAGAUAUAAGGCAGUGUCCACCAGCAAUUUGACCAGAACUGAAGAAGCGGCUUGAAUGAGCAGUAAAACAUCUUCAUCAAACAAAAAUUUCCUGGCGAUGAUAAGUUUAAUGCCAUACUAUAGCACAUUCCAGGCAAAGCAACACAUCUCCACGGAGACAAGCAGGUGGCAUACACUCCAUCAUAAAAGUUAGCGUGCACCUUUAAAACGACACUGUAAUGUUUUUAAUGUCUGAGCACCGGUUUUGCCAUCAUAUAGAAAGUAUUAAUUUGAUGCAGGUUGCGCAGCACUUUAUGAAGAUAUGGGUAAAGUAUUCAGUAAUUUCAUGUACAGUUACUUGUGCCAUUAUUGGAUGUGAUUAGACUGAGAUGUGUUUGGUGUAGUUAGAAAUACUUACUUUUCACAAACUUCCAAAAUCUUUCCCUCUAUAGUAUUGAAUUAAAAUAUAUAUGGAUUUGUUUGGGACCAGUGUGUUAUUAUUUUAAUUUAUUUGAUGCAUAUCUGGUCGCUGAAAUUGGCAGAUUUUUAUUAGACUAAUGCGAGUGGUUGAAACUGUAAGAAAAUGCAUUUUGGUUUAGCUGCGGUGAAAUUGUUAGCCUUGUAAAUUCUGCUGUAUUGUGCUUGCUGUUUGAGCUUAUAAAGAUAUGAUUACCGACAGCAUGACCGCGCCCGAUUUAAAAUUAUUUCUUAGGAGUGAUAAGACCAUGGCAUGUCACUGAAAGCCCCCUGCAAUUUACACAAUAUUCGAAAAUAUUUUUUGAAUUUAACUUAUUUUUUAUAUUUUAAAAAGCGCACCACUCUUGUAAAAACAUGUGAGAAAGCCUCCUGUUAUUUGUCCUUCAUUUUGUUCUGAUGUGGCACUUCAUGUGUAACAGUUAGGGUUGUGUAGGUGACCUGCCUUUCACUGUAUUAAACCAACUACAGUAAUUUUUAUUAUAUAUCUUUGUAAUAAUUUAUUUUUGUCAGCAUUCAAACCGUGAUUAAGUGCAUUAUUGUAAAUGUGUGUUGAUAAUAACAUUGAGAGGAACUGUGUUUGAGAAAUACAUUUGUUCCAGGAGCAGAAAAGGUGGCUGUUCAAUUCAGUUUAAAGGGGCAAAUCCACUGGAAUGGUGUAAUAGGUUGCAUUCAUAUGACACUCUAAGAAAAGACUGUAGUUUAAAAUUGAGCAGGAGGUAAGAAUUCUGACAGAAAUUUCCUCUUUAAUAUGUAAAUGUGGCUGUUUUGAGCUAGUUUAUGGUUAAUAUCUCUGUUAUUACAAAGUCUAUUCACAUGAAACAAACAACAAAAGUCCAAUGUCUCAUAACAGAACAAAUGCACUAAGGUGAAAUUCUUUCCCACAAUAGUAUCAAAGGGUUCAUUAUUCAUUCACACAGCCAGAAUUGUAAGUUGGAAGAAAAUCCAGUACAUUGAUGUGGCAAUCCUGUAGAGCCAAUAUAACAAGGUCCAACAUUUGUGGAUUAU